AUGAGGUGGAACUGCAGGGGAUCCUCUGAGAAGUUGUUGGCAGGGGAGAGCGGAAUCUGGUUGAUGGAUUGGUUCUAUGCGUCCAAGUUUCCGACUCGAUUUGGUUUUACGGUGGAUGGGGGAUCCUCUGAGAAGUUGUUGGCAGGGGAGAGCAGAAUCGGGUUGAUGGACUGGUUCUAUGCGUCCAAGUUUCCGACUCGAUUUGGUUUUACGGUGGAUAGGUAUAUUGAUCAGAAGAAUGACCAAAGGCUUGAUGAUUGUCUUCACUAUUGCAUUGUUGCUGGUAAAAAGGUUCUUGAAGAUGCUGAUAUUGGUGGUGAUAAAUGCUCUAAGGUUUGUUGUUCUAUUGAAUUUCAAUCGUUUUUCAUGCUUGGAUCAGGAUCUGCUAUUUAUCCAUUCAGAGAACAAAAGGGUGUUUAG